AUGCAGAAAUAUCAAUUUGCAAGGAUUCCAUCUAUUGAAGAAUUAUUGAUUAUUUGUGCCAUUACUACUGAGAAAGUCAUGCUCAAGGAAACCAAGUUUGCUGCUGAAGAAGCUGCUGUUAUCAAGGAAUUUGCUGAUAUGUUUUCUCCUGAAUUGCUCAAACAAGUUGUCACUCCAAAGAACCAUUGA